AUGACUGAGCAAGCAACUAAGCCAAGAAAUUCAUCGCAUUUGAUCGGGGGCUUUUUCGGUGGGCUAACAUCUGCUGUUGCGUUGCAACCUUUAGACCUUUUGAAGACGAGAAUCCAGCAAGACAAGAAAGCUACAUUAUGGAAAAAUUUGAAAGAGAUAGACAGCCCUCUACAGCUAUGGAGAGGUACAUUACCUUCAGCAUUACGAACAUCAAUAGGCAGCGCCUUAUAUUUAUCAUGUUUGAACCUUAUGCGCUCAUCUUUGGCAAAGAGGAGGAAUGCUGUGCCUUCAUUAACAAACGAUUCAAACAUUGUAUAUAACAAGAGCAGUAGCUUACCACGAUUAACGAUGUAUGAAAAUUUACUAACAGGUGCAUUUGCAAGAGGUUUGGUAGGUUAUAUAACCAUGCCUAUCACCGUCAUUAAAGUCCGUUAUGAGUCUACUCUGUACAAUUACUCCAGUUUAAAGGAGGCAAUUACCCAUAUAUAUACUAAGGAAGGACUUUUUGGAUUUUUCAGAGGGUUUGGAGCUACUUGUUUAAGAGACGCUCCCUAUGCAGGUUUGUAUGUGCUGCUAUAUGAAAAAUCGAAACAAUUACUGCCCAUGGUAUUACCUUCUAGGUUUAUACAUUACAAUCCUGAGGGAGGAUUUACUACUUAUACCUCUACAACAGUAAAUACAACAAGCGCCGUACUAUCCGCCAGUUUAGCCACCACAGUAACGGCACCGUUCGACACCAUAAAAACGAGAAUGCAAUUGGAACCAUCAAAAUUUACCAACUCCUUCAAUACAUUUACAUCUAUAGUUAAAAAUGAAAAUGUGCUGAAGUUAUUUAGCGGGUUAAGCAUGAGGCUGGCAAGAAAGGCCUUCAGUGCAGGUAUUGCGUGGGGUAUAUAUGAGGAGUUGGUCAAAAGAUUCAUGUAA